UACAUACCAGAAAGAAAGAAAAUAGCGAAAGGGGAAAAAGAGUGGGAGAGGGGGAUAGGAGUAAAGGAAGGAAUAGGUUUUUGUAUUCUCCCUUUUCCUUUCUGGUACAAAUCGUUUAACGUAAGAGGGAGGAGCAGGAGCAGCCAACUGUGACAACGGCCUUCUCUUCUUUACUGGGGGGCGGCAAUGGGGAGUGAAAGCGACAGCAGAAGCAACAAUGGCAGCGGCGGCGCGUCGGUGCAGCAAGUACCGGCGGAACACAAGAAGAUUUUUCAGAGCUUGAAGGAGGUUGUAAACAACGGCAACUAUACCGACGCCGAGAUCUAUGCCGCUCUUCGGGACUGUGACAUGGACCCAAACGACGCCGUCCAGAAGUUGCUGUCCCAAGAUAUUUUUCAUGAAGUGAAAAGCAAACGUGAAAGAAGAAAAGAGAUGAAGGACACACAGAACUUGAAGAGCCGGGGCGAUAGUAGUCACCUUGGAGCUAAAGUUAAUGCUGAGCGUACUGUUGGAGAGGUUCAAUCUCAAUCUGGCUAUAAUGCAGAGCUUAGUAAAGCUGCAUACAGGAGAGAUAAUGGGUCUGCUGGUCCUGUCUUACCUUCAUCUUCUUUGACAUAUGAAGUGAAAACUCCUAUUGACUGGCCUUCAUCUCAUAGUGAUUCAUUUGAAGGUAAGAAUACUAGAAAGAACGUAAGACCUGGUGAUUCAUCUGCACAAGGCUCUCUAGUCUCCCAAUCCGCUGGGUUAGGAGGUUCAUCUGGACAUGUUUCCAUGGCUGACAUUGUUAGGAUGCGAGGGCCUCAAUCAAAGGGUAUACAAACAUCUGUUGGAACAUCAUCCCACUCACUGUCAGAUGCUAAUUAUGAUGGGUUUUUUAGUAGCUCUCUUAUAACUUCACCCUCUCCGCCAGAAAUGGACCAAAAUGUGGAAUAUGCACUUCUGCCAAAUGGUUCAGAUGUUACUCGUGAAUCUGUUACACUUCCAAGUCAGAAUGGGUAUGAUAAUGAGCGACUUUUGAUGGAACGGAGAACGGGUCAUCCAUCUACAUUUAAUUGCUCCAGUUCUCCGGUUUUGGAUAGAUUUUCUACUCAGUGUUACGCACAUAGCCGUGGAUCUGAAUUAUCGGCAGAUAGCUCCUCCAAUACAUGCAAAGUAUUGGAGGAGGAUGCUCCCAAACAUCUCGGCAUGGAGUUUGUCAAAUCAGUUCCCGUUUCUGUUACCAGUGGAAGUAAAACUCAUUUAGCAUCUGUAAGCAGUACCUCUGGAAUAUUGGGUGCUGAGGGCUUACAGCAACUGAGUUUGGAGGAGAAGCCUGCAGAGGUUAAAUCAGAGGACAAGCAUGGUGUGGUGUUCCCAAACUAUAUGCAAGCUUUUGCUGCCGACUGCUCACAUUUGAGCUUCGGAACGUAUAAAUCUGGGCUGCAUCCUCCAAUUUUGGGGCCUGUGAUGUCUGAUUCAGUGAGGAGCAACUCAUUUGCAGCUACGGAUACUUCACCAUCUUUGAAUUUCGGGUCCCCUGGUGAUUCGCUGAAGCCUGAUCAUCUUGGGUCCACGAGGAAGACUUCCCAGUUGACUGAUGGUGCUACGAACCUUGGCUUUCCAUUACGGGUACAGCCAGAGUUGAUAGAUGGGAGUCUUCAUGGAGCUGCUCAGCAGCAUGAAUAUUUCUCCCAGUUAUCUGUGGCUGAUUCGAGUUCUGGGAAAUUCCACGACAACAGUACUUCAUCAUCUAUUAUGAUGCAUCCAAAUGCUUUGAAUACUCCUCCCCUCCACCAAGAACUGGUUAUCUUCUUAACUCCAUGCUGCUUAUCUUGUUGUCCAACACAGCUAACGCCUCUGGCAAGUGGCAAGUCGGUCUGGGAAUAUUUGAUCUUGACUCUACACAUCUUCUUGCAGCACAUGAAUUCGAAGACCUUGCCCAUUGAGUUAUUGGUCUCUAAUGCGGAAUCUGUGAGAAACCAUAAUGACCUACUUUCAGCAUUUGGCUCAACCCAGCAAAUCCCCCCUUCACGCUAUGGAAGUAUUCCACCAUCAACUGGUAGUUCAUCCAUUUUGAAUCCAGAGAUUCUGAACUUUUCUACCCAUGCAUUACCAACAUCUUAUUUGCACCCUGGCAGUAGUCUUCCCAGGGAGCCUGCACUGCCGCAGCAUGUAACAUCACAACCAUUCUCCCAACCUGCUCUAAGCUUGGAAGAAUUGGCAAAGUUGACGGGAUAUGCAGCUCUCUCUCCGAAUUAUGCUCACAGUUCGUCAUCCUCUUUGCAGCAUGCAUAUGACGAGAUCUCUUCAUUCAAUGAUUUUGUGAGGAUAAAGAACCUCAAACUGUUCGAGGGGGAUUCUUCUCGGAGUAACUUCCCUCAGCCAGAUGCUGCUGAUGUUUCUCGAUAUGGAGGGUUUGGAAGGCAGCCCAACUAUAGAGGGAACUUUCCUGAUGAUUUAUCCUCCAAUCGUUCUGCUUCUGCUGUCGGAUAUGGUGAUACUUUGCGUUCUUCGUUUAAUGGUGGAAUUAAUUUACCCUCACUCCAACUGAAUGACAAUUCUUCUCCAUGGGACUGUGGGCCAGAUGCAACAACUUUAUCAGCCAUUCCAGACAGCCAGUAUUACGGUUUACACGGAUAUAGUCAACUGCUUCCUAGAUCUAAUAAGCAAGACCAGCAGCAGUUUCCCCAGGACUAUGGUGCUCUUGGAUAUGGCAGCUCGUAUCCUUCUCAAGCAAGGACCGCCCAAGAACAAUGGAUUGACGCUGUUAGUUUUAAUCGUUUACAAGAUCCUUCAUCCAAGCAGCAGCAAAUUUGGGGGCAAAACUACUCAUAGGUGUUGAGGCCUUUUUUCAUGGGCUAUUGUUCUUUUUGUAGGGAUUUUGAAAGCGGGAAUUAGGUGUCUUAGAUUUGAUGUCUUCAGAAUUCAGAUAGUUCAGGGGUUCAGCUCCCUUUCCCACUGUACAUACUGGAAGUAAUAUUUUCUGUUUAUAUUGUAGGCAGCAAUAUGGUACUUCAUUCUAAUAUCAUAUACCGGGUUCGUCUGAGAUCCAUAGUAGCUUUUUGUGAGUUAUAACGCCGUGCCUGCACAUGCAAUUUCAUUUUUUACUUCACCUUUGUUUUUUCUGGUGGAAAAACAUUUGCCCAAGUAAUGUUCUGCAGGUUCAGAGCUGAAGGAAUCAGCCGUUCAUUGAUUCUCUGAUGUCUUUGGAAAGCUCAACCAUGACGUGACCACCCAUUACUGCACAAUCUACUACUUAAACUGUGGGUUGCUGUUGGAUGCUGUUCAUGCAAAAACUCACUCUCUUCUUUUAUCCUUUUAUGAAUGGCUGCAGGAGGGGCAGAUCAAAACACUCCUGGUUUAGGGUACAAAAGCACAAUGGACUGCAUCCAUGAUUCUGACCAUAAGGUUAACAAUCAUCACAGGCUGAGCAUUGAGGCGGCAAGCUUUGGGUCGCCUAAGCUGCCCAAGGCUGUAACCCCGGUUUCUGUUUCCCCUGCACCGGAAGGGGAAGCUGUUAGGCGCCCUAGGGGAAGGCCAGCUGGCUCGAAGAACAAGCCGAAGCCACCAAUCAUUGUCACUCGAGACAGCGCCAAUGCCCUUCGUGCCCAUGCAAUGGAGGUCAGCUCUGGCUGCGAUGUGAGUGAGAGCCUAGUCAACUAUGCGAGAAGGCGGCAGCGUGGGAUAUGCGUCCUCAGCGGUAGCGGGUAUGUGACCAAUGUCACGUUGCGGCAACCAACCUCGUCUGGGGCCAUAGUGACACUCCAUGGCCGGUUUGAGAUUCUUUCUCUGCUUGGCUCAAUCCUGCCACCUCCAGCGCCAUCCGGGAUCACGGGCCUGACCAUCUACCUGGCUGGUGCCCAGGGCCAGGUGGUUGGUGGUGGAGUGGUUGGGGCGCUGAUAGCUUCCGGUCCUGUGGUGGUGAUGGCAGCAUCGUUCAUGAAUGCGACUUUUGAUAGGUUGCCUUUGGAUGAGGAUGAGAUUGCUGCAGCUGUUAUGCAGCAGAAUCAGCACUACCAGAACGGCGGUCGUCACCACCACCACCAUCACCUUGAUGUUUCUGAUGUGUGUGGUGGAGUGCCGCAUAACUUGCUGGCUAAUGGUCCAACAAACCCUCCUGAGAUUUAUUCCUGGGCUGCUGGUCGAGCCAUCUCCAAGUCCUAGGCAGCCUGCUUUCAGCUGCUUCCCUCGUCCUAGCAGCUCGGCUGGUUACUCGGGAUUCCCGAUUAUUUCAUUUUCUGAAGCCUAAUAGUUUUUUUUUCUUUCUAAAAUGUUGUUUGCUAUGCACCAAUGCGUAGACUAAGUAACUAAGUUAUGAAAGACAAAAAAUAACCG